AUGCCUAUAGAAGUAGUAUCCCCCGACCUGGCAAGCAUCGUUUCCCCCGAUGCUGCCGUUACCGAACUCAGCAGCGGUUACGGCGGCGCCGACGGGCCGGCGGAAGGGCCCCUGUGGUGGCACGAAGGUGACUAUCUGCUGUUCAGCGACAUCCACAACAACCGCAGGAUGAAGUGGACGGCCCAGGACGGGGUAAGCCUGUUCCAUGAGCCCACCAACCGGGCCAACGGCCUUACCCGCGACCCCAGCGGCCGCCUGCUGGCCUGCGAGCACCUGACCCGCCGCGUCACCCGCAUGGAGCCCGACGGCAGCAUUACCGUGGUUGCCAGCAACUACCGGGGCCGCCGCCUCAACCGGCCCAACGACGUAAUCGUAAGUUCCAAGGGAGACAUUUACUUCACCGACCCAGGCUUCCCCACACCGGGACUGGACCUGGACUGGAACGGGGUCUAUCACGUUACGCCGGACCUGGGCACCAUCACCCUGAUAGUGUGGGACUUCAGCCGCCCCAACGGGCUGGCCCUGUCCCCCGACGAAAGCAUCCUGUACAUCAACGACACCCGCCGGCGCCACAUCCGGGCCUUUGACCUGGAGCCCAACGGGAUGCCUCUCAUUGCCACCGACCGGGUCUUCUGCGACCUGGGAGGUGAAAGAGAGGGAAACCCCGACGGCAUGAAGGUGGACAGCAUGGGCAACGUCUAUUGCGGCGGCUCGGGCGGAAUCUGGGUCAUCGACCCGUCAGGCCAGCAUCUGGGUAUCAUUGUCCACGGCGAGGCGGGUACCACCAACGUGGCCUUUGGCGGCAGCGACUGGAAGACCCUGUUCUACACGACCCGCAACACCCUGGGCAGCGUUCCGGUGAACGUGGCCGGCCUGCCGGUACCGGCCGGCGGCUAA